UGGAAACGAAGUUGGCCAAAAACAAAACUCAGCUACGUGACAAACGGAAGAAGAAUCGGUAAACAGAGAAAGCCGAGAAGAAUCAGUCAAAAUGCUAGACAAACUAAUUGAGAACAUUCUGUGUCCGACGUCAGUGCAGAUCGCAACGGAAAACUGAAGCUCUGUAGUUGAAAAACGAAAGUUUAACAGGAGGAAAAGAGAGUUAUAUUUAUGAAUUUAUGAAAAUGGCAAUGAUUUUGGGCUGGAGACAACUUUGGCUAGUGUUGCUUCUUGUCGUGGGCCUCUCGAUGGCCCUUCCCAGUUUGGAAAAUCAGACGCACGACCAAGCAGAACAUAUAAUAGCUUGCAGACAACCCAAGGCACCUGGCUUGUGUCGAGGCCGCCAACUGCGAUAUGCCUACAAUAAGAAGACCGGAAAUUGCGAAAGCUUCUACUACACGGGCUGCGCCUCCACUGAGAAUAAUUUCCUGACCUUCGAGGAGUGUCGCAGGGACUGCAUGCAACGCCUGCGCUACUGAAAUCCUCCUUUAACUAUGCUUAAUAUAUAUUUAUUGUUACAGAAAUUGUCAUGUGUAAUAUUUAGUAGAAUCGUGAGGCUUUAA